UCCCUUCACGCUGCAGAUGGACCCCUCUCCCGAAGGAGGCCGGACACAUCUGCGACAUCAAAGUUUCAUCACCAUUCCAUUUGUAAAGGCUUUUAUUCACAGGUAUCUGAAUAUUUAUGAGGCCAGGGCGAGGACAAACACUGAUGUUAACAUCUUCCUGAGCACAACCCUUAGAGACGAGAUGGAGAAUCCCGUCUUACAGACGCAACCGUCCACCCUGGCGUUUUUUGACACGGCCCACGCCUUCAACCUGCUGCGAGGAAUUCAUGAGCUCCGCGCAGAGCGAAAGUUUUUUGAUGUGACUUUGUGCGCAGAGGGCCGUGAGUUCCACUGCCACCGCACGGUCUUGGCUGCUGCCAGCACCUACUUCCGGGCCAUGUUCACCGGUACGCUACGGGAGAGCAUAAUGGACCGUGUGGUUCUACACGAGGUUUCGGCUGAGCUUUUAGGAUUGCUGGUGGACUUCUGCUACACAGGACGGGUCACUGUCACGCAGGACAACGUGGAUCUUCUGCUGAAAACGGCAGAUCUGUUUCAGUUCCCGUCGGUCAAAGAGGCCUGCUGUGCUUUUCUGGAACAGCGUCUGGAUGUUUCCAACUGCUUAGAAAUCCAGGACUUUGCAGAGGCCUACGCUUGCCGAGAGUUGGCGGCCAGUGCACGCCGCUUUGUCCUCAAAAACCUAAUGGAUCUUGCUAAAGGGACAGACUUUGAGCGGUUGCCUUGGAAGCGCCUCCUUGAGUUUGUGUCUGAUGAUGAGCUGUGUGUGGACAAAGAGGAGACUGUUUAUCAGAUCGCAGUGCGCUGGGUGAAGGCUGAUCUUCAGCGGAGACUGCACUACUGGCCCGAGCUCCUCCAGCAGGUCCGACUCCCUUUCGUCAGGAGGUUCUUCCUUUUGGCCCAUGUUGAGAGCGACCCCCUUGUCUACCUUUCACCCACCUGUCUCCGCAUGGUAAACGAGGCCCGUAGCUUCCAGUCCUGCGAGUAUGACCGUCAUGACAGGCCUUGCCGCCGCAUGCGUCCACGGCCUUCCACUGGACUAGCUGAGAUCUUGGUCGUGGUGGGAGGUUGCGACCAGGACUGUGAUGAGUUGGUCACCGUCGACUGUUUCAAUCCGCAGACGGGCCAGUGGCGCUACCUGGCAGAGUUCCCGGACCACCUCGGAGGGGGCUACAGCAUAGCUGCCCUCGGGAAUGAUAUGUAUGUCACUGGCGGCUCUGACGGCUCCCGCCUCUACGACGGUGUGUGGCGCUACAAGUCGAGCGUCAACGAAUGGACGGAGGUGUCGCCCAUGCUGAAAGCGCGCGAGUACCACAGCUCAUGCGUGCUGAAAGGUCAGCUGUACGUAGUGGCGUCGGACAGCACCGAGCGCUACGACCACACACUGGACUGCUGGGAGGCCUUACCGCCUAUGCUGCACGCCAUGGACAACUGCUCCACCACCACGUGCAACGGCCGUCUGUACGCCAUCGGUUGUCUAGCCGGGGAGGACACCAUGGCCGUUCAGAGUUACGACCCGGACAGCAAACAUUGGUCCGUGGUCAACUGCGGACAGCUGCCCCUGUGGUCCUUUACCCCUAAAACGGUGACCCUCAAUGGCCUCAUCUUCUUUGUGAGGGAUGACUCUGCAGAGGUUGAUGUUUACAACCCCCUGAAAAACGAGUGGGAUAAGAUUAGUCCUAUGAACCAGGUCCACGUCGGAGGCAGCGUGGCCGCGCUGGGCGGCAAACUGUUUGUAUCCGGGGGUUACGACAACACGUUUGAGCUGUCGGACGUAGUGGAAGCGUACGACCCGGCAACUCGCACCUGGAGCGUUGCGGGCCGGCUGCCUCAGCCCACCUUCUGGCACGGCAGCGUCAGCAUAUUCCGCCAGUUCAUGCCUCUGGUGUCUAACGCCUUUGAGCCUACCAGCGCCCCAGACGCCAAUGCCAUCCACCUGCACCGGCACCAGCGUCACCAGGCCCUAUACAACCUGAACAACAAUGUAAACCAGGACAUGAACGCAGCCCACUGAGUUUUGAUCCGCCCAUCCCAAUGCUGUCAGUUUACUUUGACUUUACCUCAUCACAAUGCUGAAACGUGAAGGUGUUACCUGACCUUCGCUAACUUAAGGAUUUGAAAGAGGAUCUGGGCCUCUCAGGCCUGAAAGUGUUGUCAUCUAUGUACAUGCAUGAGAAAAAAACCUAGGACUAAUUGCAUUUGUGAUUACAUUGUAAAAAAAUUGGCAAUCGCAGCAUACACCGUUCCAAGAGUAGAGCAUUGGGCAGCAUCAACUUCCCAUGGAGCCUAUGAGCCUGAUUUAGUAAGAUCCCAAAUAGUGGGUCCUAAAUUGCAUGUUUGCACUUUAACAGAUUGCGCAGGCAUGAUCUAAGAUUACGGCAAAUGUGUAAUUGUGGAGAUUGCCAUAUAAAUGAGGGUUUUGUUCUUUGGGUAGCUCUAAUGGUUUUAACCAUGGACAAUUUGGGAUAGCACCGCAAGCACUCGAAGUUUGAAGUGAUUGAACUGGAAGUGUUAGUGGAAGUGUCAAGCUAACAUUAACAAGUUACAGAAAAGCUUAUAAGUCCUAUAAUUCUGGGGAAGCCAGUAAACUGCAUAAAAGUCAUGUUUUGUCCUAGCAUUGUGGGAAUUUGUUCUGUCUGCCCAUCCUGUGUUAACACUGUGUUUAAAACUUGAGACAACACACAUGAAAAACUGCUUUGGGAGAGUCCAGGACCAAUUGUCGUCGUGCGCUGAAAUGACCCAGACACAAGAAAAUUCAGACUUGAAAGUAUUUUUGAUAGCACUGGGGAACACGAUUUUUGUUGUUAGGUCUGACAGCUGUUUUUAACUAAUACCCAGUUGAGAAUUAGUUACACGUUCUCAGUUGUGCACGUUCAGUCCUCAAGUCGCAACAGCUUGCCUAAGAGCAAAACUCCCACUCACACUAAAAUCACUUCACAACAGUCAGAUGUUUCUUUGUACUUUUAUUUGGUUGGUCCAAGGAUAAGGGACUGGGCCGUUAUGAAAAGUUCAAUUAAGGUGCACACCUGCUGUGCAGCAUGGAUGUGAUUGUUCCAAACGAUGCAAGUUCAUCAUGAAUAUAGUUCUGAUGAGGUGCAUACAGUAUGUGCUUCUGUCAGCUAUAUUUAGAAGGCAUGCUCCGUUUACUAAAACUGACAAUGGGUUGAUACAGAGCAUACAUACAGUCCCCUCCAAAAGUAUUGGAACAGCAUGGUCAAUUCCUUUGUUUUUGCUGUAUACUGAAGACAUUUGGGUUUCAGAUCAAAAGAUGACUUGAGACAAAAGUUCAAUAUUCCGGCUUUUAUAUCAUGGUAUUUACAGCUAGAUGUGUUAAACAACUCGGGAAAGAGCACCUUUUGUUUGAAGCCACCCACUUUUCAAGUGAGCAAAAGUAUUGGAACAGACAAAGUCUGUCAGUUCUUGUUUGUUUCUGGGGGUUUCUCCCUUGAGUCUCUUCAGGGUGUAAACUUCAUGCUCUAUUGGGUUAAGGUCUGGACUAGACUUGGCCAGUCUAAGACCGUCACUUGUUCCCCCUGAUGAAGUCCUUUGUUGUGUUGGCAAUGUGUUUUGGGGCAUUGUCUUGUUGCAUGAUGAAACUUCUCCCGAUUAGUUUGGGUGCAUUUUUCCGUAAAUUGCCAGACAAAAUGGUUUUGUAGGCUUCAGAAUUCAUUCUGGUGCAAAGACUAGUGAGCCGGUUCCAAAGGCAGCCAUGCAAUCCCAAGCCAUGACAUUACCACCAACCACCAUGCUUCGCUGGUAAGCUUGUGUGUUUUAGAUCAUAAGCAGAUAAUUUCGUUCUCCAUAUUUUGGCCUUUCCAUCACUUUAGUAGAGGUUAAUCUUGAUCUCAUCAGUCCAUAAAACUUUGUUCCAAAACUUUUGUGGGUCAUCUCUGUAAUUCUUUGCAAAAUCCAAUCUGGCCUUCUGAUUCUUUUUGCUGAUGAGUGGUUUGCAUCUUGUCGUUUGGCCUGUAUAUUUCUUCUCGAAGUCUUCGAAUAAUGGAUUGCGAUACCUUCACCCCUACCUACCCUGUGGAGAUUGGCACUGAUGUCACUGACUGUUGUCUUUGGGUCACAAAUAUUUCCAUCAUCAACUGCUGUUGAUACCCUUGGCCAACCUGUUGGAUGUCUGUUGCUCAGUACACCAGUAAUUUCUUUAUUUUUCAGGACAUUCCCAAUUGUUGUAUUGGCGAUGCCCAAUGUUUGUACAGUAGCUCUGAUUGAUUUUCCCUCUUCUUUCAGCUUCAAAAUGGUUUGCUUUUCUCCCAUAGCUCUCGGUUCUUCGUGUUUGCUUAACAGCAACUGCAGUUUUCACAGGUGAAACCCAAAGCCAAAAACAAGCACUAUCUAAUGUUUAAGCAAUCAAUCUAAAAGGCAACACUUGAGCAACUAGAAACACCCAUCAGUCACAUUCCAAUACUUUUGCUCACUUGAAAUGUGGGUGGUUUCAAACAAAAAGUGCUCUCGCCUGAGUUGUUUAACACAUUUAGAUAUAAAUACCAUGAAAUAAAAGCUGGAAUAUUGA